AUGUCCAACUCUGUCCAAGACUCCAGUUGGGUACAACAACAAUCCAGUGGCGAUUCCCAAUCAGGUCCACAACAACAAAAUGACUUGUCCUCCUCCAACAACAACAACCGUGAUGCCUCCUCCUCGUCCACAUCGACCAAACCAGCAAAUGAAACUCAAGAUAACAGCACCACCAACAAGAAGACCAAACGCACAGGACCUAAACGGCGCAAAGUGACGCAUGCCUGCGUGUAUUGUCGUCGAUCGCACAUGACUUGUGAUGAAGGUCGUCCUUGUCAACGUUGUAUCAAACGCAAUAUUGGUCAUCUUUGUCAUGAUGAGCCCAAGAACUCACAAGGAAAGGGUGGCAACAAGCGAAUGUCAGCAGCAUCUACCAAUAAUGCAUCAACGUCGAAUAACAGCACAUCAGCACAAUCGCAUCUUGCCUUUUCACAGCAACAAAAUCCGGCUUUUGGCAGUGUCAACAGCACAUUGGGUGGAUUGCCUUUGCAGUUCUUUGGGCAAAUGGGUACAGGGCAGCUUACAUUUGCUAGUGAGCAGAUGGGUAAUGAAAUCUCGGUUAUCAGCAAGUUCUUGGAUUCUCUUGGCAAAUCGGAUAUGAAUGCGUUGUUACAAUCUUCAUCUUCAUCUUCCUCUCCGCAACAACAACAUCAACAACAGCAGCAGCAGCAGCAACCACGAUCCUCUUUGGUGAAUACAACAGAAAAAUUUUAUCUAACAGCUGCCGAUCCUUCUGAUGGUCGACUUGAAGAUCGUUUGACUGAAGUUAUCAAUGCGAAAUACGAGGCUGGAUUCUUGAAGCCGUAUAAUUAUGUUAAUGGUUAUGCACGCCUUCAAAAGUAUAUGGAUAACAACUUAUCAGCCGCCAGCCGUCAGCGUAUCCUUAAUGUGAUGGGCACUUUCCGACCAGCAUUCCGAUCCGUUGCACAAUCACUCACCGAUCUGGAUCUUAUUCUUGUGGAAGAGGCUUUUGAACGAUUAUUAUUAGACUAUGAUCGUGUAUUUAGUUCGAUGGGUAUACCAGCUUGCCUUUGGCGUCGUACAGGCGAGAUCUACAAGGGUAAUAAGGAAUUUGCAUCAUUAGUCAAUGUACCGAUCGAAACUUUACGUGAGGGACGGCUUUGUAUCUAUGAGCUAAUGGCGGAGGAUGCAAUGGUGAAUUAUUGGGAGAAAUACGGCAACAUUGCAUUCGAUUCUGGUCAAAAGGCUGUGUUGACGUCUUGUCUUCUCAAGAAUCAAGGUCCUUCUACUCAAUCAUCAUUUAUAUCCUGUUGCUUUUCAUUUACGAUUCGAAGGGACAAAUACAAUAUACCGACAGUGAUUGUGGGUAAUUUCCUGCCUAUUCAAUUACAAUAG